AUGAUGUUGCAAGGCUUAAAAACAGAUCAAAAUUAUUCUCAUCAACAAAAUUUACUUUGGAUGAAAAGUGUUCAAAUACAUACAUCUUUUUUAUUUUCAUUUAUACUUUUUUUCAUUUAUGCAAUUAUAUUUCUUAUUGGACUCAUAGCAAAUAUAUUUGUUAUUGUUAUGAUUAUAAAACGUCGACGUAUGCGUACAUUAACAAAUCGUUUUUUACUUAAUUUAGCUAUAUCAGAUCUUAUUGCAACAUUAGUUUGUUUACCACCGACUGCUUAUCAUUAUUAUGAUAAACGUUGGAUAUUUGGAGAAUUUCUUUGUCGAUUUGUACCAUUUAUGCAAGGUACAUCGGUUGCAGUAUCAAUUUUUACAUUAAUGGCUGUCAGUAUUGAUCGUUUUAUUGCCAUACAUAAACCAAUACACUCAAAAUUACUCUGUACUCCAACACGCGUAAUAAUCACUAUUGGAAUGACAUGGAUUGCUUCAUUUCUUCUGAUGAUUCCACUUAUUUUACAUCAUCGAAUAGUCGAUCCAUUUGAAAUAACAUUAACAGCAUGCGCUGAAGAAUGGCAUCAAAAUAUGAAUGCUCGAUUAGUCUAUGAUUUUAUAUUACUUUUCGUUCUUUUUAUAGUACCAUUAACAUUAAUGACAUAUUGUUAUAUUCGUAUAAGUUUUUCUCUUUGGUUUAUUGAUUCAAAUGUUCAAACACCAUUAUCAACAAUUAAUACAGGACGUUUUUCAACUAUAUCUGAAGAUUUUCUAAAUGAUAUUCGAACAAAUGCAGGACAAAAUACUCGUCCAUUAUGUGUUCAUUAUCAUAAAACAAAUGAAAAUAAUCUUAAUCGACAACAAUUAGAUGAUUAUCGUUCAUUAUUAAUGCCAAAUCGUCAACGACAAACUACAUUAUUAAAUGAUGAUAAUACUACACAUCGUCAUUCAUUAAAUAUUAUGCCAAGACGUUUUAGUGAAAAUAAUUAUAAAUCAAAUACAAAUAAUAUUCAAUUAAAUAAACAACAACGAUCAAUAUCAAUAUGUCAACGAUGUUCAAUAAGUCAAUAUACAACUGGAAUACUUCGUUCAAGUGUUAUAUCAUUACAAAAUCAAAAUCGUAUAUCAAAUGGUAAUAAUCAACCACGUCGAUCAAUGUUUGAUUUUGAAAAUGCAAGUCGAUUUUUACAAAGUCGUCGACGAGUUGUUAAAUUACUUAUUACUUUAGUGAUCGUCUUUUUUAUUACAAGACUUCCAUUAAAUAUUUUAACAAUUUAUAUUGAUAUAACAUCUAAUACAUAUAUACCUGAAAAUACAUAUAAAAAUACAACUAAAUUAGGAUCUAAUGAAGAUCAAAUAGCUUUCUAUUCAUCAUAUGUAUCAAAUACAGAUAAGAAAAUGUUUCUUGUACUUUAUGUCAAUCCAAUAUUUCAAUUAUUUUCUUUAUCUAAUUCAGCAAUUAAUCCUUUAUGUUAUUGUGUUAUGAGUCAUGCUGUUAAACAUAUAUUUAUACUUUUUCAAGAAAAAAUACGUCGUGGUCAUAAGAAAGCUUCAUCAUUAACACUUGUUCAAUGA